AUGCACAUCUCUCAGUUUCUGGCCUUGGGCUCUUUGCUGCCCUUCGCAGCCACCUCCCGUAUCCAGCAACCCCUCGGCGCCGAUUCCCCCCCGCUGACCCCUCACGGCUCGGCCGCCGUCCCGGGCUCCUCGUCCCCUUCCUCCUCCGCACCUUCCUGGCGCGAUGACCUCCUGUCACUGCACCGCUCGCUCAUUGAGAUCCCCUCCAUCUCGGGCAAUGAGAGUGCUGCGGGAAAAUUCUUGGUCGACUACCUGACCAGCCGCGGCUAUGUCUCCUCUCUUCAAUUUCUGCCCCCACGCAACAACAACUCGAACGAGACUCCGCGCUUCAACGUGCUGGCCUGGAAGACAAAUCAACGCCAGCCCGAGCCCCGUGUUGUCAUCUCAUCCCAUUAUGAUGUUGUGCCGCCGCACAUUCCGUAUGGCAUCUCUGACGAGAACAUUACUCCCGACACCCGCAUCAGUGGCAGAGGAAGCGUAGAUGCAAAGGCCAGCGUUGCUGCUCAAAUCAUCGCCCUCGAGGACUUGUUCAGUGCCGACAAGGUCGACCCUGACGAUGUGAUGCUCUUGUUCGUCAUCGGCGAGGAGGACACGGGCGAUGGAAUGCGCUUCUUUUCCGAUUCACUGCAGGAAGCUGACCCGCCUGUGCACUUCGAUGCCGUCAUUUUCGGAGAACCGACUGAGGGCAAAUUGGCUUGUGGUCACAAGGGCGGCGUCUUCUGUGAUAUCACGGCAAAGGGGGUUGCUGGCCACUCUGGGUACCCUUGGCUGGGCAAAUCGGCCAACGAGAUCAUGAUCAAGGCUCUGGCCAAAAUCAUCACAACCGAUCUUGGGAGCACCGACAAGUGGGGUAACACCACCGUGAACGUCGGUCAGUUCAACGGUGGUGUUGCUCAGAAUGUCAUUCCUGCGGCCGCCUUGGCGAGGAUUGCAGUCCGUGUUGCCAUCGGCCCCGAAAAGGACGGCGGCAACAUCGUCAAGGACAGAAUCCAGAAAAUUCUCGAUGAGACUGAUUCCGAGUCCCUGGAGAUGACGUGCACCCACGGAUACGGCGUUGUGGAAGCCAACUGUGAUGUUGAUGGCUUUGAGACAAUCGUGGCCAACUAUGGCACCGACAUCCCCAAUCUCAAGGGCUCACACACUCGCUACCUCUACGGGCCAGGCACCAUCUUAGUUGCUCAUGGUCGCGACGAGAACAUCACGGUCGCCGACCUCGAGGAGGCCGUGGGAGUUCUGAAUGACGGGAAUAAUCUGCUACUGCCCAACUACCUUGGCCCACCUCUCAGGCAUAAUGUGACGGAAGUCAAAGUGUCCCUCGGCGUUCUUGACGACGGCGCCCUUCUCCGUGACAACAGCAUCGAUCAGGUUGUGCGGCGUCACAUCGAAAGCAGGGUUCCAGACAUUGAUGCGCUGGUCGGCCGUCGCAACGCGAGCGGUCUGCGCAACGUCGACGGUACCAUUGGGCUGAACGACAGCGCCGGAAAUCUGCGUCAGCUCCUCGCUCUUGCGCUCCUCGAUCUUGAUGCCAGCUCCAGUUUCAGUCUCAAGAUCGAUGCUGGUGGUGGGAGCCGCAACAAUAAACUUGACACCGUGAUGUUUGGCGAGAACAGCCAGCUGGUACGUUCCAAUCUUGUUGGCGGUGUCACCGUUGCGAACGACGCGGUCGGCGCCGACGAUGACGGCGGCAAUGUUCAUCUUCUCCUUUUGCAGGUUGAAGAGCGCGGCCGCCAUGGAGUCUGUCACAAGGGUGCUGGGGAUCUUCUCGUAGACGAGUUCAAAAGCCGUCAGUCUGCUGCCCUGGUUGUACGGCCGCGUCUCGGUGCAGUAGGCGUGCUGGAGGAGGUUGUUGGACCAGAGGGUUCUGAUAAUGCCGAGAGCGGUUCCGUGGCCAGAUGUCGCCAGCGAGCCGGUGUUGCACCAUUGAGCUCCGUGGUCGCCGAUGGACAGGUUGGUCUGGAGGUCCUUUUGGAGGAUGUUCUCAGCCUCCUUGAUGUAGGCGGUGACGAUGGACUUGGGUUCAUCUUGGGGGCGUCUCUGAUGCAGGCUUUCAGUUGGUUGAUGGCAUUGGUCAGGUCGACGGCGGUCGGUCUGCUCUCCUUCAAGUAA